GUGUACUCAUAGGCCAUAGACCACAUCAAUGCUUCCAACUUCAAUGCUUGCUAGCUACUUGCUAGUUGCUAUAUACACCACCAGCUUAGGCCCAACCCUUCUUUUACUUGUUCAACCACCACGCCGGCAAGGCAUUAACUUUUCAUAUGAAGUUUUCUAAUCAAUAAAAUCCAAUUAAUAAGUACUAUACACUUUACCUUGAUUUAUCAAAAUGUACCAUAUAUUAGUAGUAUAAAUAAAUAAAUUUGCUUCAACACAAGGCAGGGAAAAACAAAAGAGCAAAGAGACAAAACAGAAUAAUAAUGAAACACAAAUUCUCUCUAGUUUUCUUAGUUCUCAAUGUGAUCUUACUACUCAACGUAGAAGCAGCAGAUGAUGAGUUUAUCAAAACAAAAGGAGUGCAGCUUAUGCUGAAUGGUAGCCCCUAUUAUGCUAAUGGUUUUAAUGCAUAUUGGUUAAUGUAUUUUGCUUCUGAUCCUUCUCAGAGAAACAAAGUCUCAUCAACGUUUCAAGAGGCUACAAAUCAUGGACAGAACAUAGCUAGAACUUGGGCUUUCAGUGAUGGUGGAUAUAAACCACUGCAAUACUCUCCUGGAUCAUACAAUGAGGAAAUGUUUCAGGGGUUGGACUUUGUACUAGCUGAAGCUAGAAAAUAUGGGAUGAAGGUGAUUUUGAGUUUGGUGAACAACUAUGAGAAUUUUGGAGGAAAGAAACAAUAUGUGGAAUGGGCAAGGAGUCAAGGCCAGUCCAUAAAUUCUGAAGAUGAUUUCUUCACUAAUUCUUUGGUAAAGGGUUACUAUAAAAACCACAUCAAGACUGUGCUUACAAGACGUAACAGCUUGAGUGGAGUUGCUUACAAAGAUGACCCUACAAUAAUGGCUUGGGAGCUUAUGAAUGAGAUUCGAUGCCCUUCAGAUCACUCGGGAAAUACGGUUCAGGUUUGGAUUAGUGAGAUGGCAUCUUACUUGAAAUCCAUAGAUGGAAACCAUUUGCUUGAAGCUGGUUUGGAAGGUUUCUACGGACAGUCAAAUAGAGACUCUAAUCCCAACUUCCAAGUAGGAACCGAUUUCAUUGCAAACAACCAAAUCCCCACCAUCGAUUUUGCAACACUACACUCUUACCCUGAUCAAUGGCUUUCGAAUAAAGGCUAUGAAGACCAAAUCUCUUUCUUACGUGGUUGGCUCAAUGAUCACAUCCAAGAUGCACAGAACAUCCUUCACAAGCCACUUCUAUUGGCAGAGUUUGGCAUUUCCACUAAAAACUUAGGCAAUAAUAACUCAACACUGAGGGAUCAGUUUUUCAAUACUGUUUAUUCAGCUAUAUAUUCAUCAGCAAGUGGCGGUGGAGCUGCUGUUGGUGGUUUAUUUUGGCAACUUCUUGCAGAAGGAAUGGAUUCUUUCCGAGACGAUUAUGAGGUUAUAUUAGCUCAGAGCUCCUCAACAGCUACCUUGAUUUCUCAAGAGUCUCAAAAACUAAGGCGAAUUCGCAAGAUGUACGCCAGACUCAAAAACAUUGACAAAUGGAACAAAUCAAAGAGAAAUUAGGUUAUAAAUACU